AUGUAAAAUCAAAUUACAUAUGGCUAAAUUCUAUCACACUAAAUUUAAACAUAAGGAAACAAAAAUGUAUCAGAAAAUGGUCAGGUACAAUAAGAUAUCAAGAAUAAACCUCUUAAUCAAAGUACUACAAGCAAUAAUAAAAAUAUUAAAAUCAUUUCAGAAACUGAACUAAAUGAUAAAAGUCAUUAUAAUUAAACAAGUUAACAAUAAAAUAACACUCAAUAAUCUUUAUAAUAAUAAAUAAUCAUAAAAUAAGACUCUUUUUAGAAAAACUCUACAGAUUAAAAUAAAUUCGAGUUGGAAUCAAGGAUCAUCAUCUCCAGUUAAUUCUUCUAAGAUGAUUUAACUGAAAAUAUCGCUUUUACUUAAGUUUUAUCUUGUUCCUAUUGUUUAGGGUCACUUGCAUCUGUUAAUAUUUCUCUGCCUUGUUUUCAUUUAUAUCAUCAAGAGUGCUUUAAUGAGAUAAUUAAUAAUUUUUUGAGUCGCGGAUACAGUAUGGUUUUUCAGUGUAAAUGCAAUAUAAGCAUUCCUUAUAAGACUUUGAUAAGAUUGGCAUAGAAGGACAGCAAGUUAGUUGAGGAAUUGUUAAUUUAAUAGUAGGCAUGGAUUAUAUCUUCUGCUCCUGUAACAAUACAAAAUUAAAUUUCUGGGUAUAAGAAAAGCAUCAACAACAUCAAGACAUUUAUUAAGGAACAAAUAAACCAUUAUUAAGCUGGAUUAAUUAAAAUUGAUUUAUGA